AUGUCACUAUCAGCUUCCCCAGUCUCUCCUACCCUCCGCGCAGCAGCAGGAACAGCUCGAGGACCCAGCUCGACCCCCUGCGACGAUGGCGAACCAUCAGUAAAGAGAACCUCCAACUCGCCCUCCGAUGCUCGACCGUCCACCGCAGAGAGGGAGAAACCUCGUCUUUCCGAGCAGGAGAAGAAGAACAACCACAUUGCCUCCGAGCAGAAACGACGAGCGGCGAUACGAGAAGGAUUCGACAGAUUGACCGAGCUCGUCCCCGGUCUAGCUGGCCAGGGCCGUAGUGAAGGGAUGGUGCUGCGGAAGACAGUUGACUUCAUGCACCUCAAGCUUCAGGAACGAAAAGACCUGGUCGAUGAGAUUGAGCAGAGAGGAGGCAGAGUCGACGACAGGUUGCGAAACGUUACGGACAACAUGCGAUGA